AUGAUUCGAUCAACUCAAAUAGCGCGCCUUGACGGCCUCAUGCUCUGCGCAUCCGUCGACGAUGAGCAGUCGGAAACCUCCGUCGGCGAAGUCAAGAGCCAGAUCCGCCAGAUCCUCCGCAAGCUAACGCGCAACUCGGAAGCGCAAGCAAGCAUCGAAUCCGGCUCCUACAUCCUCCACUACCUCAUCGACAGCGACAUCGUCCACGCCCCGGCCCUCCGCCCCUACGCCUUCAUGGACUUCGACACCUUCAUCUCCCGCACAAAGGCCACCUACUCCGACGCCCGCGCCACCCAGAACCUCGACCGCCUCAACGACGAGCUGCGCGACGUCACCAAGGUCAUGACCAAGAACAUCGAGGACCUCUUCAAAAAGUACCGCAAGGCCGCCGUCCGCAUCAACUGGGACCUGCUCGUUAAGCAGUACGGCCCCUUUGCCGCGCUCGGCUUCAUCAUCCUCGUCUUCUUUUGGUGGAGGUUCUUUUGA